GGGGUCUGCUCGACCCUAUAUUCGAUACCAGAGGAGAGUUUUCACCAACGUGUUGACGCAACUUCUGCAGACAGAAGCAGUACUGCACAAGAAUUACAAGAACAACCUCUACUUAGAAGUUCAUCUUUCAGCAUUAACGACGCACGAAGACGGCAAGUCGCUAUGCGUGGAGCUUUCUUGCGUACGAGAGACGCCAUGCUGAAAAGAUUGAAUGAUACACGAAGCAGUGGUGGUGAGGGUUGCGUGAUAAUGGCAAACUUGACCAGUGGGGAGAUAAUCAACGGUACUAGUGGAAGUAGUGGGUCGGGGGCACUGGGAGAUGGAGAAAACGCUACUUCCGGUGAAAAUGAAGCUGAUACGGCUAAAGACAGCAAGCGAUCGCUGAUGGGUGGUAUCUUAGACGCGAUUUUGGGGUCGUCCACAAGCAGCGAACAAGAAAGCACGGUCAACACGACAGCAGGGGCAACUUCUGGUGUUGAAAAGGACAGCGUAGCGGGUACUGCAUUAGAAGGUGCCACGGAGCAGAAAUCAAGUGGGGCAGAUGCUUCACCAACUGCUGACGAUUCCGGCGGAAAGGACAU